GUUUUAUGGUUUUAAAUGUACUUUACAAUAAAUUUAUUAAUCACAACGUUUAACAUUGCAAAUUUUGGUGUCUCACCUGUUAAUCGCCAUGAAGUUGAACUUCAUAAUGCCAUUUCCGAUAUAAUAAAAAAUGCUGUAAAUGAUGAUGUUGAGAUUGAAUACAAAUGGGAACUUGAUUUUGACGAUCCGUCGGAACCGCACGAUGUACAAUUUGUGGACGUGUAUGAUAUUGAUGCUGAAGAAGAUAAUUAUGAAGACAAAGUUUGUAUUGUGGAUAACGAAGGUGGAAAUGUAAAUUUAAAUUACAAAAGAAUAGCAGUUGAAUUUUGGAACAGUGGAAAGAAAGGACAUUUAGCUGUUACUGCUGUACAGAAUCGUUUUAGAAAGGUAAAAUCUGUUUGCAAUUGCAUAGAUGGGAAGAAAAUGUAAUGCGCGGAGAGUCAAACAGGGACAAACUUGUAUUUAUUGCCGAAUAUGUACUAUCGCAAUUCCAAGAAGCUAUUGAUAGAGGAUCUAUCAUUCACGACAUAGAUUUGUGAAAAUGGACAUUACAAGCAAAGGAGCAAAUAGACUUUUCUUCAUUUUGAGCAGGAAAUUGAUGGAUAUGGAAUUUUAAAAAAGCACAUUGCAUUGUAUCACGUAAAAUAACAAGUUUUAAAACGCAAUCUUCUCAUGCAGCUGAUGUAACAAUACGUCAAACCGCAGAGGAAUUUGUGAGACAGGUAAAACCACAUAUUGUUAUCGGUGCAGGAUCAAUUUAUAAUGCAUAUGAAAGUGGCUUUAAUUUCGAAAUACAUUCUGGAAGAACAUUAACUAAUGUGGGAGCAAAACAAGUCGAAUCUACUAUCCAAUCUUUAUCUUCUAUGACUUAUAGUUAUACCAUUAUAUCUGCAGAUGGACAUUUUCUUUCACCUCUGUAUAUAGUACUAAAAGAAUCUAGUGGAAAAUUUGGACCACGAGUAGAAGAAACUCUUUUUAGACCUAUUAAUGUUUACAUUGCGGCUUCAAAAUCCGGAAAACUCGCAAGCCAACAUUUCAAAAACUGGUUUGAAGAAGUA